UGCAACGGCAACAACCAUGGUGGACGCGCUGCCGUUCCCGCGCUUCUGCGCGCUCAUGGAGGCGGUGGUGGCCACGAGCAAGCCCGAGUCCAAAUUAAAGCUUAUCUUUAAUGAGUCGCUCCAGAAAUCCUACGGCCACGCGUCGCUGUACCCUCUACUUCGACUCCUCUGCCCCCAUUUGGAUCGUGAAAGGACAUACAACCUGAAGGAGAAGAAGAUCGCCAUGAUGUAUGUCGAUCUUCUUGGACUCAGUGCCAUGUCAUCUGACGGCAAGAAGCUGUUGCAUUGGACCGAUCCGACGAUUGUCACAUCCCGGGCCGUCGGGGACUUUGCGUUGGUGCUGCAGGAAGUCAUACAGUUUCGCGCGACCAAACGGCCAGAUCAAACACCGCUCACUGUGAAAGACGUAAAUGCGAUGCUUGACGCAUUAAGCAGCCAGGACAAAGACGCCCAGAAGAAGACAUUUCUACACAUCGUGACGCAUUGCACCGCCGAAGAGCAGAAGUGGCUCAUGCGCAUUAUCAUCAAGGACAUGAAGAUUGGGCUACGACACGAACGAGUGCUCCAGUUUAUGCACCCGGAUGCUGUCGAGAUGUUCAACCACACGAACGACCUCCAGAAGGUGUGCCAAGAACUUACCAACUCCAUGGUGCGUUAUGUUCCCCAAAUUCAGCCCUUUCAAGUGUUUACGCCGAUGCUGGCGAAGCGUGUCGCGUUUGGCGACUGCACCAAGUCCAUGAGUGGCAACGACUUUUACAUGGAGCCCAAGCUGGAUGGUGAGCGCAUCACGUGCCACUUGCAACGCAAACAGGACAGCGUGACGCGAGAGUUGCAGCUCUUCUCACGCAACGGCGUCAAUUACUCGGAAAAGUACGGUCCAUGUAUCGAAUCGUACGUCCAAGCGCAGGUGCGCGCCGACGUCGACUGCAUCUUAGACGGAGAAAUGCUGGUGUGGGACAGCAUGGAGUUUCGAUACCACCCAUUUGGGUCGCUCAAGACUGUCGCCAGUGAACAGCCCCAGGGCAUGAACAAACACCGAUGGAUGUGCUACGUCGUGUGGGAUGUGGUGUACCUCGGUGGCCCGGUCUCCGCCGCUCUUGUCGAAGAAGCGUGCCCUGGCGUCCACACGACCAACAUCAUGGGACUGCCCUUGUCCUCUCGACUCCAUCUCCUCGAUCUUAUUUUCAAGUCCGUCGACCAUCGCGUUGUACGCAUUGACCAGACAUUCGUCUCGUCGUCCUUGAGUGCCCAAGAACGACACGACCUGGUCAUGGCGGACGUUGACGCCAAACUCGGUGCUGGCUACGAAGGGUUGAUUCUAAAGGACGCGACAUCUCACUACAUGUGCGGCGAGGUCAGUCGCAGGAGCCAAAAAUGGAUCAAGCUCAAGCCAGACUAUGCUGGGAUGACACAACAUUUGGAUGUGUUGGUUCUUGGGGGAUAUUACGGCCAAGGACAACGGCGUGGCGGGGCUGUGUCCCAUUUUUUACUAGGAGUCCUCCAGCACCCCGUCGACCCACAAAAUGUCCCCACGGACGUUCCCGUCAUGUCGUUUUGCAAAGUUGGCACUGGGUAUUCCCUUGAAGAACUCGACAAGCUACGAACGCAACUUGCUCCACACUGGCGACCGUGGGAGCCAAAUCAUGACAAGCGGCCAAAGCAUUUUCGAGACUGGUCGCCCAAGGGGGACGUCCGGCCCGACGUGUGGUUGCCGCCCGAUCGGUCUGUGUGUAUGGAAGUGUACGGUUUUGAGUUGACGUACUCGACGCAAUUUCAGACUGGGCUCACGCUGCGGUUUCCCCGACUCAAAGCGAUUCGGUAUGACAAAGCGUGGCACGAGUGCUUGACGUUGUCGCAGCUGAAUGCACUCAAGGGCCAACAAUUGGGCCAAAAGAAACGUGCUGUCGACGUAGCGAUGGGCGAACCAAAGCCAAAGAAGAAAUUGCUGAAAUCCGAGCGCCGGUCCACACUCGAUCGCGGCCACGUCGGAGUGUCGCUCGAGUAUUCCCAGGCCAAGAUGGACGUGGUCCAGCAAGAGUCGACGCUCUUUGGCGGGCUUGCGUUUUGCGUUCUACCGGGCAGAUACGACGUCGACGUGACCAAGACAACGCUGGAGCAGCUCUUAUAUGCGAACGGCGCGACGAUCACUCAAAACCCGCAUCCGAAGCUCCACGACCCCAAGUCGACGUUUAUCGUGGUUGCAUCGUCUGAAGGCGUCAAAGUCGGCAAUUAUAUCAAGCAAGGCGUGUACAACGUCCUUAACGUCGACUGGAUUCUUCGCUGUGCUAACCACCAGGUGAAAGAACCGUGGAAAGCCACCGACUACGUGUUUACCAUUCCAGAAACAACAGCGACGUUGAAGGCUCUGUACGAUAGAUAUGGUGACCACUACACGACCCCAGUGACGGUGGAAGAGCUGCAAACGAUUUUGGCAUCGGCGGAAUUUUCUAUCGACUUGUCGCCAUCGGCUUAUCAGACGUUGCUCAAGUCCCAAGAUGCCGACACCCAAGAAGCGAUGGAGACAGCGGCCAAUUUCCUCUGGCGCUGUGUCGUUUAUGUCGACGAGGCAGACGAUGUUCUCAGCGGCAUGCAUCAGGUCGCGCAAUGCGUUCGGCUUUACAGUGGCCUUGUCGAAAAUGCACUGACGUCAACGGUGACCCAUGUCAUCUUGCCCGAUAUCAACACGAAAGAGCGAGUGAAGGCGAUUCGACCUAUCAUCCAGCACCUUCGACGGUCACCGGAAGGACGCGAACCCAUUGUGACUACAGCCACGUGGGUGCGAGCGUGCGUAGAAGCCCAGCAGCAAUUGCCAGUUGAUGCCCAAUUCCACGUGCCAUGUUGAGUUCACCUGUAGAAACGUAAUUUGAGUGGCAUCUCG